CUACACCUCGCUGAACCUUUCGGGACAGCUGCAGAACUUAGACUUACUCUGUCUCUCUCGGUUUCUCCCUAACUUUUCACUUCUCUGUGAGAAUCUCCUUGGAGAUUUCUCAUCCUUCCACUUCUGCCUGGAUCGAUCUCGACCUACAUUUCUCUUCCUCUCCUCCUCCUCCCCGCCGUGUCAGGAUGAGCAAGCUGUGGACAGACGAGCAGUUCAACUGCCCCGUGUGUCUGGACCUGCCCAGGGACCCCGUCACCAUCCCCUGCGGCCACAGCUACUGCAUGGCCUGCAUCAAGGACUACUGGAGCAAGGACGACCCCAAGGGCGCGUACAGCUGCCCCCAGUGCCGGCAGUCCUUCAGCCCCAAGCCCUCGCUCUCCAGGAACACCAUGCUGGCCGAGGCCGUGGAGCAGCUCCGCAAGGGCUCCCUCAGCUCCGCCCUGCGGGAGUCGGUGAGGAGCACCCUCCGCCCCUCGUCCUCCGCCUCGUCCGGCGCCCGCGCGGGGUGGGCCCGCUCCGCCGGGCUGUCGCCCUCGGCGGUGCCGUGCGACAUGUGCCCCGGCGAGCAGCGCGCUGCCGUGAAGAGCUGCCUGGCGUGCAUGAGCUCGUACUGCGAGGCCCACCUGAAGCCGCACCGGACCAAGGAGGCACUGAAGAACCAUGAGCUCAUCCCUCCCAUGGGUCAGCUGGCCCAGAAGAUCUGCACCCAGCACAAGUACCUCCAGGAGUUCUACUGUCGCCAGUGUCAGAUGUACGUGUGCUGGCUGUGCACCAGUAACGAGCACAAGGGGCACGACAGCGCCUCCACCAAGGCUGUGCGCAUGGAGAGACAGAAAGAGCUGUCGGGGGUGCAGACUGAGAACCACCAGAGGCUGAAGGAGAGAGAGGCGGAGCUGAAGGAGAUGAAGAAGACCGUGGAGGCCAUGAAGCGCUCGGCAGCGAGGGUCCACGAGGAUGCGGAGCUCACCCUGUCGGACCUCCAGCUCUCCCUGGAGAAGCUGCAGGAGCUGGUGGAGGAGGUGAUGGACUCCACCGGGCGGGAGAAGGUCGUGGAGGCCCAGGAGGUGGUGGACAAGCUGGAGGAUGAGAUCACCGAGCGGAGGAGAAGGGACGUGGAGAUGAAGGACCUGGUCAGGUGCGAAGACAACAUCUACUUCCUGGAGACGUUUGAGUCCCUCAGCAGUCCGUUGGAGGCGGGACACCUCCCCAGUGUGCUGGCCAAUCCCGAGGCUUCCUACGAGCCCGUGCGUGACUUCAUCCUGGACCUGAGAGAAAAGGUGGAAGACUUGUGUAACCAGGAGCUGGACAAGAUUACCAAGACAGUGAAUGACACAACACUGUUCACUUUGGGAGACAGUGCCAAGAAUGGGGACCAGAAAAUGGGAGGUUUCUUAAAAUUGCUGUCUGGCCUGGGCACCCGGGACACAAACAACAGCCGUCCUCAACCUCCGACACCAAGUGUUUCGGUUGGGGUUCGGGGGCCAGAGAGGCGGGGGCAAGGUGUGGGUCGGAGAGCCCAAGAUGUCCGAUCCCGUGACGGGCCGAGAGUUGACAGAGGAAACAAAAGUCCACCAAGAACCAGAGACAAGCAGAGGAGAGAAGAGAAAGAGCCAGCCCCCAGCCCUAGGCCUAGCCCCAGCCCUAUCCCCAGCCGCAGAGAGUCACGUUCUCUGUGGAACCGACCUGAGCCUACCCAGGUCUUCCACACACCUGAUCCUGCCCCAGCCCCGACCCCAGCCCCGACCCCAGCCCCGACCCCAGCCCCAGCACCUCAAGCCUCAUCAGGUUUCAGUCGGAUGGCCUCCAUAUCGAGUCUGUUCCGCUCCAAUCGCCGCACGGCCACACCAGCGCAGCCUGCAGCCAGCACUCCUGCAGCCAACUCCUGGGGAAUGGGCACUGUGGUUGAAACACCAACCGAAGUUAAUCCCAGCCUUUUCUUGGAUUCUCCAGUCGACACCCCAUCCUUCCCUGGAUUGAGGGAGAUCAGCCUAGACUGUAUCCAGGCCCCAGAACCCAGGACCAGAGAAGAGUUCCUGCAACACGUCUGUAACCUGGUCCUGGACUCCAACACGGCCCACCGGCGCCUCAGCCUGUCGGAGGGCAAAACCAAGGCCACCCUCCAGGGGGCGACGCAGCCCUACCCCGACAUCCCCCAGCGCUUCGACGGCUGGACCCAAGUGCUGUGCCUCAACCCCCUCUCCGCCCAGCGCUGCUACUGGGAGGUGGAGUGGAGGGGGAGAGGCUCCUCCAUAGGCGUGGCCUACGGCGCCCUGAGGAGGAAGGGGUCCGACUCGAAGGCGGGGCUGGGCUACAACGCCCAGUCGUGGAGCCUGGAGCUGUCGGACACCUGCUGCUCGGCCAUGCACGACAACGAGAAGAAGGACAUCCCCGUGGCCUACUCGCCCCGCGUGGGCCUGUUCCUGGACGCCGCGGCGGGAACGCUCUCCUUCUACGGCGUGGCCGAGAGCAUGGAGCACCUGCACACUUUCCGCGCUAACUUCACCCAGCCCCUGUACGCGGCCUUUGGGGUGGGCAGCGGGGUGGGUGUGGGCCUGGACUUUGCUCUGGGUCAGUUCAGCUCCCACUCGGACAGCAUCAAAAUCUGCCCCAUGUGAGGAUGUGACCAGGUGUACUAGAGGCUACUGUACUGGAGAAGGCAACCUGUGGUUCCAUGGCAUGUUCACACAGCUAGUCCAUCCAUUGACUUUAACUGUGGUGUUAACUACAGGCAUUCAAUGAUAGAUCCCAAGGACUGCACUUCUAUUUUACACAUAUAUUUAGGUUUGGUAUGUAGGACAUUGGCACUGCGAGUCUAAAAAGUUAGGCCGACUUCUCAUUUUAAACAACUCUUGGAAAUCCAGAUUUUGCGUUGGGUUAUAGGAUAGAAUAAAUGUAAACCAAACGCCACCAUAUUGUUUUUAUUUACUUUAAUAAAAAAGAAGCAACAAAAGGA